GUCAAUCUCGUAUUGAGCCCCGGUCUGCAAACCAUGGGCAAGUUGCUCUCUUUUCUCUUUUUCUUCUAUGCCCUUAUCUCUCUUUGUCAAUCCAGGAGAUUUGUUUUCAUAACGCCAAGCGUUCUCCAAGUGGGCAUUGAACACAAAGUGAUCGUCACGUUAUACAAUGACGUCCGAAAGAAUGUCGGUGUGAAAGUCAGCGUCGAGCUGGAGGAUAGAACGAAGAUCUAUUCGGGAACAGCAGUACAAGUGUCAGGACAACAAGGUGAAUCCGUUCAGGUUUCUAUCCGGGUUCUUCAAGAAGCGCUAAAGAAUCUAUCACCGACACCUCAACACGUGUACGUGCGCGCGAAGUCGACGAGUCGAAGGUUUCCGUUCAACAAACGCAAGCGAGUUGCGCUCUCGUUGAAGUCGUUUUCGGUCCUCGUGCAAACAGACAAACCGGUCUACAUAAGAAAUGAUGAAGUCAAUAUCAGAAUCAUUACAGUCAACAGUCGACUCGUUUCAAAACCUUUGGAAAACGUUGUAGUAGACAUUCUGGACCCUAGAAAUGUGACUGUGGAUCGAACUGAAAUCAAUUCAGCUCAAGAACAAAAAAUCACCAGAAGAAAGAUACAACUGGGAAUCAAUCCUGUCAUUGGAGAUUGGACCAUCCUAGCUAAAUAUGGAUUCAAAAAAAAUUUGACCUCACGAUUCAAUUUUAAAGUGAAAGAUUACGUUCUUCCACAGUUUGAUGUUAAGAUUACUCCUCCACUCUACGUGCUGAAAAGGAAUCAGCACAUUGAAUUAUCUGUUCAAGCCAAGUAUACGUUUGACAAAGUGCUACUUGGAUAUGUGGCAGUAGAGCUCGGUGUGUGGAUAAGCAAGUCCAAAAUCUCGGUCUUCCGUAAAACCACUCACUUUCUUGUAAUAAUUGUUUGCCUACAUGUCAAUCUAGUAAGUAACUCUUUCAUCUGUACCUUAUUGCGUCUGACAUUGCAGUUACCGAACGACCACGGAAGCAAGAACUUAACGAUUCCAAACUCCGGUUACGGAGUCUUCCCUUUCGGCAAGAGAUUGUGGAUACGAGCAACAGUGACCGAACGAGGAAGUGGAGUGAGAUUCACGAAGACGGAUAUGACGGCUACAUUCACAUGCAGCCCAUACAGAAUCGAGUUUGACCGCUCAAAGCCGUUUUACACACCUGGCAUGCCGCUUGAGUCAAGUGUAAAAGUGACGUAUCCUAAUGGUCAUCCAGCAGCGGGAAUCAAUUUGAAUUUUAGUGAUCAGUUCGGUCAAAAGUAUACGUCUAUCUCUGAUAACAAUGGCUUUGCCAAGCUAACUCUCAACACGAACAGAAAUUCAACAAACAUGACUUGCCAAGUAAAACCUGCCGGAGAACAAGUGAUCACCGAGUUUGUUUACUUACCAUUUGAACCUACUUGUACCAAUCCUAGCAGUCAGUUUACAAUUAAGUUAGGACCAACAGACAGUGCAAUGAUAAAGGUCGGCAAUGUCUGUCAAUUUGAAAUUAUUGUAACAGAACUAACUCAGAAGAAGAUUGACAUGACGUUCCUCGUCUUUUCUCACGGACUAAUUCAGCACUCGACUACGUCGUCAUUAUCUAAAGGAUUUAACACACUCUGUUUAUUCAUUGAACCGCAUUGGUCAGAAAAGUUUCACUUGAUUGGCUACUACUACGAUCAGAGCUGCGAUAGCAUUAGCGCCGACGUUCUAGCCGUCCAAGUGGAGCCAGAUUUUUCAAAUAAAAUAGAAAUACGGCCACAGAUGACUGCAGUAUCUCCCGGCUCAACGGUUACUUUGGAAGUUCGCACAGAACCAAAUUCAGACGUAGUUCUUUUGGCAGUCGACAGUGAUAUGUAUGCACUGAACAACAAGAAUAAACUUACGCGUGAACAGGUAUUUGAUCACUUGAAAGAUUUUGACAUAUCAUGUCCAGUAGAAGAUUUCAAUUCUGAGGGAUUGUUCAAUGCUAUUGGAUUGUCUGUCCUUACUAAUCUCGAUUUCACCACAACAGAGAGAGCAGACACAAGAUGCCCGGGACAACAAACUCGCAGAAAACAAAACGCUCAAGAAAACGAGAACGACAAAUGCUGCACACGUUUUGUAGUGUCACUCGAAGCAAAACUAAGAAACGAGAUAGAAAAUCUAACAAUUAACAAGCAAGAAGAAAUGUUAAACACUCUCUGUAACAGUGCGCUUGAAACACUAGUUGAAGGACAGACAAGAGUACAUUCAUUGAGUUUCAGGUGUGUCCUCACGGACGAUUGUUUAGAGAAAUUGGUUGAAUACUGCCCAGGUAAAAGAGAAUGUGGAAUCGAAGUAGUUGGUAACUAUCCUAUUGAAGACGAACUUAUUCGGAGAUCAUAUUUUCCUCACGUCUGGCUUGUGGACAAGACAUUUACCAGCGACCAAAAUGGCAUUUUGAGAACGACCGUUAACGUUCCCGACUCCAUUACGAGCUGGAUAUUGCAAGGAAUGAGUCUAUCAAGCAGCGGAUUUGGAGUGGCAAAACCCAAAACACUUCGAGCAUACAAAUCAGUCUUCAUUGAGUGUCGAAUGCCAUUUUCCGCUCGGCGUCUAGAACAAAUAUCAAUUGUUUGUCUCGCGUACAACUUUAAUGGAAAUGACUUAUAUGCUCUAGUGCAGCUGUUGAACAUACCGGAAAGCAUUUGUACGAGUGCAGGAGUGGGAAGUACACAAUUCAUUACGAGAGAGUUAAUUCCAAAGGGAACGUCCUCCCAUCCCAUUGUUAUCCAUGUUGUGCCGUUGGAUUUGGGAACUCAUCGCUUGACUGUACGACUGCUUACCACUAUGGGGACAGAUGAAGUUGUUUACCAUCUUAAAGUUGAACCGGAAGGAAUCAGGAUCGACCAGCUAUUCACGGUUGAGUUAGACCCACAAGAUCUAAACUUUCCAAGAAGACAGCGCUGUCGCUCAGCUCCUGAUCCAGAGCUUGAACAAACCUGUUUUGACAGUCGAAGUUGCUCCGCUCGAACACACAACGGUGCAAGAAUGACCAAAGAUGAAUGCUGUGACGUCAGAAAUUUUUAUUGGACUCCACACGGAUGGGGAGACAACUGUGAGACAUGCCCUCUUACUGGAAUUUAUCGUAGAACUAAUGUAAGCAAAGUCGAAAAUGGCAAAGCACAAGACAACUAUUUCCGUCUUGUUUUACCAGAAGAUGUCGUCCCGGAGUCCGACCAAGCAUUUGUCACUAUUACAGGCAGUUACCUGCAGAACGCAAAGAUCAGAUCACCCCGCGCAAAGCAGCUUCAGGGUCUUCCAAGCGACACCAACGAGCAAACAGUGUUCGCUCUCGGAAUCAGCGUCGCAAACCUCCGAUACAUGAAAUUUAUGGGUAAAGACGGAUCGUCACAGUACAGAGAUCUACUCUCAGCUACUAAACAAACCUUUCAAAAUGUCAUCGAUCAGCAGAACAAAAAUGGAAGUUAUCGAGCGUACUGGUCUCAAUCUUCAACCUACUUUAUGGCUACAACGUUGACAAUACUGACGUCUGCUUCAGAGUUUGUAUUUGUCGACAAGAAAAUUUUGGAGGACGCCAAAGAUGUCGUAGCCAGUCGAAUGAAAGAUAGCUGCAUAUUAGAAGACCAGGAAUCAGACAUGAAUUUCAACAUAGUCUCAUUAGCUGCUCAUGCCAUCGCCUCAUUUUCCGGGAAAAUAAGUCGCAAAGUCUUCUGUCCUAAAUCGGGUUCUGACAACUGUAUCUGCUGCUCUAAUCAUCGGAUCAUCAACAGCUUUAGACGCUGGAGAAGAGAUGCCGACGAUUACACGCGCUCUUGGGUGUUUUAUGCCAUGACGCUCGCCUGUCUGCCACAAAAUGGCGACAACUGUUGUAACGAAACCUUUCGGGAAAUUCUCCGCGUUGACAUGUGCAAGGCAGCCCAAACACGAAAAGGCAGGAGAUUUUGGUCAGACGAACCCGAUGCUGAUGAUGUUGCUACCUCUAGAGCGAUCACGACAACAGCCAUCAUGUUGUGCGCAUACGUAGCAAAGGGAGAUAUUGAAGAAGCUAGGCCAGUCGCUCGUUGGUUGAGCAGUGUUCGCAACACGAACCUGGAGCUUCCAUCAACGGAAAGUACUUACUGGACGCAGGAAUGCUUGACUGCCUUUUCAAGAGUGUUACAGCAGCAGCGAAAUCUCAAAGUGAAAUCGUCUGUUGUCAACGACUCGUUUGCAAACACAGUGAAAGUGGAUGACAGCAACAGAGACGUGGAACAAUCGUUUAAAAUUCCAUCAGAAGGUUUGCUGAAAGUCACAACGACAGGAAAUGGAGUGGGAUUCAUGCAGGUUAAGCUGAGCUACAACACGAUCAAAUACAAUAACGAGAAGUGCCACUUUACCUUUACAGUAAAUACCAGCAACCUUAAUAAUUCAACAGAAAACGAAAAGCAAGUUCUAGUUUCAUUAUGCAUAAGGCAUCAGUUAACUGUCUCUGCCAAUUCUGUGACCGUCGAAGUUAAGAUCCCUACAGGAUACUCUCCUUGUGAUGAAGCAACUAUGGGGAAUACGAAGGACAAACGUUGUCUUGAUGAAAUCUUACUCAAAAUGGGAGAUCAACUUGGUUUGGAAAGCUAUGAAAAUUAUGAUUCUACUGUGUUCUUCCAUCUCAAACAGGUGCCUUCAAAGACAGAUUUGUGCAUCCAUUUCAAACUACUUGAAAAGUUGUCCGUUCAGUCUCGCACCCCAGUCUUUGCUAAAGUCUAUAAAGACGAAGAGCGAGGUGCGUACUGUGCUGUGCCGUACUCAGUCGACAACAAGGACGAGACGCUGACGUUGCUCGGCUGCUCCAAAAACUCAGCAACGUUGUGCGUAUGUGCAGCAGGUCGUUGCCCAAAACUGGGACCAAUCAAGAACAGAAUAUGCCAGGCCUGCAAUCAUCAUCACUACGCAUUCAAAGUUCGAGUGACAAAGAUAGUCCAGAAAGACGCCUGGUAUCAAAUAAGAUGUGACCUUCAACAGGUCAUCAAACCCGGAACGCAUCCUACCAGCAAUCGCAUUCUAUUCUGGAUGCGAGACGUCUGCUAUAGUAAAGUCAAUCUCAAAGUUGAAGAGACAUAUCACGUCAUGGGACUGGAGAGCUCAAAGUUCGUUUUAGAUCACAACUCGCUGAUCGAAGAGUGGCCCAAGUAUACUGACCGAGCCGACCCCAAUUGCAUAAAAAGAAAGGCCGACGCUUGCAUUCGCAAAAAGUGCAAAAGCAAGGGCAGGAGAGGAGGGAGAAGACACAACGAUUGCGUAAACAGCAAGAAGACAAUUUGCAAACGGCAGGCGAAAGGCAACUGCUUGACCGGUUUUACUCAUUACUUAGAGGACAUGGGCAUUGGGCAUGUGUGCGAGAGAAGCGACCUUUGCAAAUGAACGCGGUCUCGGAGAAGACAUGACCUGAAACGUUUGUGAGUACCGGUAUAUCUGGUCUUGCCGUUUGUAAGAUAGAUAGAUGAUCGUUGAGUUAAAUCGAGCUGUCUCGGCUUGCGAUUCUAGUUUAAGACAAUUUCAAGUGUGUUUCUCACAGUCUGAAAUAUGUGACAGGAUCUCGUUCAA